ACAGAGUAUCUCUCACACACGCUCACACACGCUCACACACGCACAGAGGCUCAGACCUUCAGGGAAAUAAGAGAAGAUAUUUGAAGCUCCCCUGAGCUGGACUACUUCAUCUGACAGGGGAAACAUGUGGAGGAAAAUCUGACAAAGUGGCAGAAAGCAGAGAGGAAAGGAAAAAAGGACCAGUUGGAAAGUGUGUGUGUUACGAGAGAGAGAGAGAGAGAGAGAGAGAGAGAGAGAGAGAGAGAGAGAGAGAGAGAGAGAGAGAGAGUUUACAGGAGCUGGGCAGAGAGGAGGAUUGUCUGUCCUUUAACUCACACAUCCACUGGACCUGAACCAACCGGUGCGACAUGCUCUUAUAUGGCCUGCUGACAUUAAAGUAACCAGAGAGGAGAAGGAGGGAUACGUAAGUGGAGGAGAGGGGUCAACUCAUCAGGAAUUCUCAGAACAUAAGGAAGAAAGACGAUGUGAAUUGGCUGAUCAUCAUGUGGAAUCAGAGCUUUUGCUUCACACAGCAGAGAAAGUUUAGUAACGGCGCACCCAGACAAAGCCUGACAAAGGCCUACUGGACUUGACAGCAUCAAAAAGAGAAGCCAGCUGGUAGGUCAGAAGCAGGAGGAGCGAAAGAGGAUAUGUGUGACUUGAGACAGACGAUGUAAGAUAAAGCAAAAGAUGAGAAGGAAGACAAUUAGAUUGAUGAAAGGAACACUAGAGACUGAAGGUGAGAAUUGAGAGGUCAAGCUUGAGAGUGAAAGGAGAUUAAAUAACAUACUCUACUAUCAGAAAAAAUAGCUCUCGGAGAGUAGAAGUCUGAACAGGCAGGCACUGUUAAGACAGAAAUAAGCAGGAGAUGAUCAUGCUUUUUCGUCGCAUCCACAAGUUCAAGUGCGUACAGCUGCUGACCACAGGCCUGGUACUGUGUAUGGUGAUGGUCUCCAGGGAGGAGCUGGACCACCAUGUAGUCAGUCACAUGAGAUCCUAUACGUACCGCUAUCUGGUCAACAGCUAUGACUUUCUCAAUUCAUCAUUCAAUAUCGCUUCCAAACAUCACCAUGGACAGGAUGGUUCUGACAGUGUGGAUGGGAGAUUAGGGAGGUAUCCAUACCUCAUUAACCACCCAGGUAAAUGUAAAGGUGAUGGAAAUGGCUGGGAGGAUGUCCUCUUGCUUCUGUUUGUGAAAUCAUCACCAGAGAACUUUGAGCAGCGUCAGGCUAUCAGGGACACAUGGGGAAACGAGAGCUUCCUUUUGUCAGAACUGAGGGCAAACGUGAAGGUGGUGUUUGCCCUCGGCAUGCACCCAGAUGUCAAGCGGAGAUCAAGGGUUCAGAUUGCACUGCAGCAGGAAGACCAAGCCUAUAGAGACCUGAUUCAACAGAACUUUGCGGACACUUUCCACAACCUUACUGCCAAACUGAUCCUGCAGUUCCACUGGGGCCAUGAGUACUGUCCUCAAGCACGGUUCUUCAUGUCUGCGGACGAUGACAUCUUUACUCACACGCCCAAUUUGGUUAAGUACUUGAGGCAGCUCAUGAGUAGCCAGUCAGGGGCUAGACAUCUAUGGGUUGGGCAUGUACAUAGAGGAUCCCCUCCAAACCGCCGUAAAGACAGCAAGUAUUUUGUCCCCUAUGAUCUGUACCCCUGGCCUUCUUAUCCAGACUACACUGCUGGAGCAGGAUAUGUAGUUUCAGGGGAUGUGGCCGCUAAGAUCUACCAUGCAACUCUGAUGUUGAAAUCCUCCAUCUACAUCGAUGAUGUUUUCAUGGGGAUUUGUGCCAAUGUCAUGGGGGUUUCUCCCAAGGAGCAUGUGCACAUUUCAGGGGAGGGCAAGGCUCCAUACCACCCCUGCAUCUAUGAUCACAUGAUCACAUCACACGGUCACACUACAGACGUGCGCUCACUGUGGCAAGCAACAAUAGACGCUAAAGUGUACAGCAGAGGAUUUAAGGGUCAUCUGUACUGCACAGCAGUGAGAGCGAUGCUGCUGUGUCUGCCAUAUUAUCAGACCACAUACCCCUGUAUGGCUGCUUUUACGUAAGUGGUCUUUAGAUGAUGCUCAGAGUGCUGUAUGCUAAAUGUGCUAAACAAACAAAUGACGUAUUAUUUCACUGUUUGCUGGUUGUACUAUGUGUGUGCUAUUUUGUAACAAAGAUCACAGCUGUUCUGUUAAAAAAACAUUAACCUAGCAGUUAUUCAAUCAUUAGCAGAAUUGGGUUUCACAUUGUUUAAGUUAAGGACAAAAGAGGUCCCCCCCCCACAGGUUCUGUUUACAUGAGGAUCUUUUGUCUCGGUGAACACACAUCCACAGGGCUUCUCAUUGUUAUUCACCUGUCAACCCCUGAAGAGAUUUAGUUCUUUCUGGAAAGUCUUACAUCAUUUCUGAACUAGCCCGUUAAAUACUAUUACUUAUUAUGCAACUGAGGCAAUUAAAUCAUUAAAAGGCUAUUAAUAAUGCAUAUGAAUUGCUUCAAAUAUGUUUACACUUCUGGUUAAAUGUGUGAUACUGUAUUUAAAAGUAAUAAAUAGAUGAUACACAAAAGAA